AUGUCAGAUGAUACGGUUCUGUUAGCAACAUCGGUGGAACAACUUCAAGGAUUAGUGGAUAAGGUGGUCUUAGAAAGUGCAAAAAAGGGUUUAUGUGUCAACACAAAAAAGACAGACUACAUGAUAGAAACCAAAGAGAAGAAUAUUCCAUCAUUUAACCUCUGGGUUCAUAACACAAAAAUUAAUCCAAAGAUCACCGUAACAGCAAGACUAAGGGUAUUGGAGUGUUACGUGUUGCCGGUCCUAAAAUAUGGAAGUGAGACAUGGACUGUGUCUAAAAAAAUGGAAAAGAGAAUUAAUGCAGCCGAGAUGAAUUAG